UUAUGCUUAUAAAGAGCAGCUCCUCUCUACAGGAUGUAUAUUGAUAGAAUAGUUAAGAUCAAAUACAGAAUGGCUGUCAAGUCUAUAUUCCUCUUAACAUUAUGUCUUCUUCUAACAGGCAAUUUGGAAGGGAAGAAAUUUGGACGUUGCGAACUCGCAAAACAUCUUGUCAGAAAUGGAAUUCCAUACAGUUACGUUCCAACGUGGGUUUGCAUAGCGUACCACCAAAGUAGAUUAGACAGUUCGUUCCAGAGUCCCAUUUAUAAUGGCCAUCGCGAAUAUGGAAUAUUUCAAAUCAGUAGCCGAUAUUGGUGCUCUCCUCCUGGUCCACACAAUGAUUGCGGCAUGUCAUGCAAAGCUCUGAUCGACGAUAAUUUAGACGAUGACAUCAGAUGCGCCAAAAAAAUCUAUGCCAGACAUGGCUUUGAGGCUUGGAACUCCUGGAAAGCUCACUGUAAGGGAAGGGAUUUGAGCGGUUUUAUUAACGAUAGUAAUUGCUGAAAGUUCGAGUAAUUGCUUGACGAAAUGGAAUCUCUAAACAAGAACCUGUUUAAAAUUGUUUUAGUUGUAAAAAAAUGUUUAUAAAUAAACAAUUUGAAAAAA